AUGAAGAAAUCUCCAGAGCUGCUGGCAUCAGUUCCUUGUUACAAGCUGCCACUUGUGAAACUGUGUGAUCCUUUUAAUACUCAGUCAUCUCCAGGGGAUGGAUGUCAGCGUGGCCAUGGCUCCUCUGCCCCAGCUGGAGAGCUGUGCAUUUCCCCCAAGCAGUGUGGAGCCAGCAGUGCUGAGAAACAAGGUUCUUCCUGUGACAAGUGUGAUUUUGAAACCAAUCUAUGCAAAGCUGUUCAUGGAUUGAAUGGAUGGAUAAGAAGAAAUGGUCAAUCUGACAUGGGACCACCAUACUCUGACCACAAUGGGAAUGAGAGCACUUAUUUCCUCUCAUUGUCCUCUGAAAUGGGAUCCUCUUCUGCAACUUUAAGGACAAAUGUUUUCCUUCCAACUGGUGAAGAACAUGUUUGCCAGAUUAGAUUUCAUUAUUGGAUCAGUCAUAUGAGUGGAACAUUGAUGGUGGGGCUUCAAAAGCACUCUGAAGAUACUGUUACAAACAUCUGGCAAGUUUCAGGAGAACUGCAAAAUCAGUGGAAAGAAAAUACCAUCACAAUCAAUAGCACUGAAAAGUAUGAGGUUAUCUUUUGGGGGAUGGUGGAAACCCAGAGACAAGAUGAAACUGUUGCCAUUGAUGAUAUUACUUUCAGUGAAGGAUGUUCUCUGGCAAGUGAACCACAGACUUCCAGUUUCCAUCUUGGCCUAUGCGAGUGGCAUUCAGGCCAGCUGGCUGAGCCUGCUCCACGGGCACAGCUGCAAUCUGGGCAUAAGAUCACCUCCUGCUCCUUCCUGAAGGAUUGCAGCAACAAUACUGAAGGCUGUUUUCAAUGGUUACAAGUUAAUGACAAUGCAUUAUAUGGAAGUCCUUUUCUAAACAGCUCCAUGUGUCAUUGUUCCAGCAAGAAUUGCCAUUUUCAGUUUCACUACUCCAUGGCAGAGGGCAGUGCUCUCAAGGCAGUACUUUUCACUAAUCAGGAGGAGCAUGUCUUGUGGGAAACUAACAGCAUAACUAAGAAGGAAUGGGUCAAAGUGAAUAUACAGCUACCAACUGGGCUAGAAAAGUUAAAGCUUAUGUUUAAAGGAACACUUCAGAGCAGAGCAGGUUUCAUCUGUCUGAAUGGCAUCCAGCUCAGGGACAGGGAAACAUCAGAGCCACAAGGAUUCUGCUCUCUAGAGGAACUCACCUGCAGUGAUGGGCAGACCACGGAGCCUGGAUCAGCCUGUGACUGUUCUGAUGGCAGCAAUGAGGACCCAGCAACCUGCUCUAAUUACACCUUAUGUGAUUUUGAGACUGACUUUUGUGGAUGGAAGCCACUGAGCAGAGGUGAUGCUGACUGGAACAUAAGGAAAGAACAAGCUCCCCUGGACAGGAAACUCCCUGGCAGAGGUUAUACAGCUAAUAUAGAGCAUGGAGCAUUCAUUCACUUAAGUGGAUCACAUCAGAUGAACACAAAGAUGGCCAUGUCUCAUCUGGGAAGCCCUUACCUUAUCAAGCUGUCCCCUGGGCUCUCCUGCUGUCAGGUAAGAUUUUGGUGCUGGUUAUCCCAGGAUUCCCAGCUUUCUGUCUUUAAAAGAACUGCAUUGGAUGGAAGUUUGGAAAAAUUGCAUGACAUUCAAGGAUGGCCUGAGAUGCAGUGGACAAAAGUGAAUAUACCUGUAGGAGGUGCAGCUGAGGAAUUACCUUUUCAGAUUAUUUUGCGAGGUACUAUUCUAACAACAAAUGCUACUGUUGCUGUUGAUGAUAUCAGUGUAACUGAGGAAUGUGUAGUUGUGAAUAGAUCACUUCCAGGUGUCAGCCAGGAAACUGAAGCUGCUGUAUGUGACUUUGAAAGAGAGAGCUGUGGCUGGAUUGAAACUGUGAAUGGAGAUGAAUUUGACUGGGUAAGAAAUUCCAGUCGUGCUCUUCCACCUGCAUUUCAGAAGCAAGCUCCUCCACGGGAUCACACCUACAACAGCUCCGAAGGUCAUUUUAUGUUCAUUCUGAAGAAGAGCAACAGCAUUUCACAAAUAGCUCGGCUACAAAGCCCAAAGUUCAGGCAAACUGGAUCAAAUUGCACACUCUCCUUCUGGUAUUACAAUUACGGGCAGUCAGUUGGGGCAGCAGAGCUGCAAUUGCUUGUGGAUGGGCUGAAACAGCCUACUGUGCUUUGGAGGACAUAUUACAACGAGGGAAGUCAAUGGUUGAAAGCAGUCGUUCAGCUCGGACGCCUUCCACAUCCUUUCCAAUUUUCACUCGAUAAAAUCAGUCUGGGUUUUUACGAUGGCGUCUCAGCAAUUGAUGAUAUUACAUUUGAAAACUGUGCUCUCCCACCUCCAUCUUUAAGUUGUGAAGGUCCUAAUCACUUCUGGUGCAGAGACACGAAAGCAUGUAUUGACAGUUUAUUGGUCUGUGAUCUUGUGGAUAACUGUGGGGAUGGAUCAGAUGAAGACAACUGUAACCCUGAUCUACAGUGUAACUUUGAAAAUGGGCUGUGCAAUUGGGAGCAGGAUGUAGAGGAUGACUUUGACUGGAUCAGAAUACAGGGUCCAACCCCCACUGUCAAUACAGGCCCAUUAAAGGAUCACUCGACAGGCACAGCCAGGGGACACUACCUUUACAUAGAGUCCUCUGAGCCACGCCAAUUCCAGGACAAAGCAGUUUUGCUUAGUCCUCUCUUCAACCCUUCUGCCAAUGGACCUUGCGUUUUCCGCUUUCAUUAUCAUAUGUUUGGAAAACAAGUUUACAAACUGUCUGUCUUCCAGAGAACUGUGAGUAAUAGUAAGGGAUGGCUGUUGUGGUACAAGUUUGGAAAUCAAGAAAACAGAUGGAUCAGACAGACUCUCUACAUCAAAAGUUCUAAGCCAUUUCAGAUCUUGGUGAAAGGGACCGUGGGAGAUGGUUUCACUGGAGACAUUGGACUUGAUGACGUGUCUUUUCUAGGCUGUAGUCUUUACAAUGGGAAUUUGCCCACAGUCUCUACAACUACUUCAGGAACUUCAGUCCCUGCCACGCUCCCCAUUAACAAUUGCACAGAGAAGGAGUUUGUCUGUAGAGACUCUGGCAGCUGCAUCCAGAUGAUCCAGAAGUGUGAUUUCAGACCUGACUGCUCUGAUAAGUCUGAUGAAUCAGCCUGUGCUAUGGAAGUCUGUGACUUUGAAGAUAAAAACCUGUGUGGAUGGCAUCAACCAGCAUUGGAACAGAUGUCAGGAAAUUAUUCUGUACAUAUCACAAAUAUAUUCAAGUGGAAGCUUGGAAGAGGGGCAAAUCUCUACCCUGAGCAAGAGCAAGACAGCCCUUUAACUGAUCAUACUAUGUGUACUGAAGAUGGCUGGUAUCUGUUUGCAGACAGCUCAAAUGGAGAAUUUGGUCACACAGCUGACGUUGCUACACCAGUCGUCUCCCUUACGGGGCCCAGAUGCAAAAUCAUAUUCUGGAACCACAUGAAUGGUUCAACAAUAGGAUCUCUGGAGGUACUCUGUAAAAGCAAUAACAGGACUUCUAAACUGUGGACUCAAAGUGGCAGCCAAGGUCCCCAGUGGAACAGAGCAGAAGUGUUCUUAGGAAUUCGUUCAAAUUUUCAGGUUAUCUUCAGGGCAAAACGUGGUGUCAGUUACAUGGGAGAUGUGGCACUGGAUGAUAUUACCUUUGAAGACUGUUCCCCUUUGCUCAUCUCAGGCAGACCUUGCACAUCAGAGGAAUUCACGUGUGCCAACAAGUACUGCAUCCCAAAGAAUAAUCUGUGUGAUUUUGUAAAUGACUGUGCAGAUAACUCAGAUGAAAGCCCCACUAUUUGCAGUACAUCUAUUGGGUAUUGCAAUUUUGAGUUUGAUCUUUGUGGAUGGAAACAAGAUGAAAAUGAUGAUUUUGACUGGAACCUCAGAACUAGCAGCACUACAAAACUGGGCAUUGGACCAGCUACUGAUCAUACACUGCAAGAGCCAUCUGGUCAUUAUAUUUUUAUCAAGAGUUCAUUUCUUCAGCUGCCAGGACAGAAAGCUAGGAUUUCUAGCCCUGUCCUAAGCAGAAGGAAUAAAAACUGCAAGAUACUUUUCUAUUACUAUAUGUAUGGAGCUCACGUCGGGUCGUUGAUUGUCUACCAGAGGACUACAUUGAAACAUGAAAAAAUUCUCCUUAAUCUUACUGGGAACCAGGGAAAUUUCUGGCAGCACAAGGCACUGAGCCUGUCUGGAGAUGGAAAUGAUUUUCAAGUUGUCUUUGAAGGGAUAGCUGGAAAAGGUCCCAAAGAUGGCAUAGCACUUGAUGACCUCACAUUUUCCAGGGAGUGCUUACCAUCCCAGGAGUUUUUACCAUCAGAACCCACAAAACUACCUCCAACAG